UACAUUAUAUCGAAUCAUUUCUUGACCGAAAACAAACAAAGACGAAUAUAGUUUUAUUAAAAAUGUUCUCAUUUAAAUAUAAUUAAUUUUAACAGUUGUUAUAAUGAGCUCAACAACAGCAAUAUGUGGACACAGCCAAAAUAUAGAAAGUUAUGUUUACCCUUCGAUUGUUUCAAAAGCGGGGUUAAAAUUUGCUAAAAAUAUUGCUUCAAAGCAUUAUUCCAAAAAGAAAUAAUUAAUUUAAAACACUCAUAGUACGAGUCUAAAUACAAAUUUUGAGAUGACGACUUUCCAAAACAAAGUCAAAGAGGAAGGAAUUGGAGAUUCUUUCACGGUUAUUGACCAGACCGGCCAAGUUUCGGAGCUGAAUCUUAAUGAAGGGCAUAAUAUAAGUGAUUUAAAUUUAGAAACUAUUGAUUCUUUGUCAAAUCAUACGGAAGAAUCAGAGUUCAAGACAGAGCCGAAUAACUACCAAAACACAAGUCUUUUUACAUCUGACGAAAUAUUUGAAAUUGAAGACGAUGAUGAGCCUCCAAAUGAGACAGUUAUUGAGAAAAACAACAGUGAAGCAGAAAAACACAAUGAGACUUCGACAGAUACCAAAACAGAAGAUUUAACACAAGAUCAAGAAGAUGAAGAUGAAACAGGUUCCCAUCCCUACAUCUGCUUAAUUGAAACUUUUGAAACACCAAAAGAAUUGUUAAAAUUUACCGAAAUUGGGGCUACCAAACCGUUAGAAAAUACAAAAUUUGUGAUGGUUGUUACACAAAAUCAGAUACUAGACAUGUUACAAGAAGUAAGGAAUGUGAAAGAAGUGUCUUUAGAGCCCUAUUGUACUCAAAGGGAAUUUAAAAGGGAUAUUACACUAUUGGCAAUUUCUACGCGGAAUACAGACUACCUUCUGGACGUCUUAAAGUUAAAAUCCCAACUUUUAUUACUCACUGAAAUGUUCCUAAAUCCUAAAAUCGUAAAAAUUGUUUUUGGGGCAAGCUCAGUUUUAGCCACUUUACAAACCUUGUUACACGUAUACUUGGUUAAUAUUUUUGACGUUGAGCAAGCUAGAAAGAUUUUACUCGAGCCACCGAAAAACAAUUACCAACUACAUCAAUUAAUUGCACAUGACUAUGGAGUUAGGGAGAAAUUAACUAAAGCCUCAUUAAACUAUUACCAGUCGCGACCAUUGUCGGAUAGACACAUAAAAUUUUGUAGAAAAAAUGCCCACUAUUUAAUUUACAUGUACCACGAUUACAAAAACAAGUUUAUACUUAAGGAUUUUGAGGAGUACAAAAUUUUUUUGGAUUACUGCCGAGAGGCUUGUAAAGUGGUCCACAAAACUGAGCAAUUGGGAAAAUUACAACAGUUAGAAAACGAGCUAAAGGUGGUGCAUGAUUGUCAGAAGGAAGUCUUGAAGAAAUUGUACGAUUGGAAUGUCAAAACAGCACAGAUGCACAAUAUAAGUGUUGAACGUGUCAUACCUAAAGGUUGUUUGUUGAAUAUUGUUAAAAGUCUUCCAACUAAUGUUGACGAAAUAACGCAGAUAUCUAACUCAUCAUAUGUGAAAGGAGAUGCUGAAGAAGUCAGAAUGAUAAUAUUGGAAGCAAAAACGUCUUAUGGUUUAAGAAUCAAAACGCCCAAAGUACAAGCCGCGAAAAGAAAAGUGAACAACAGUCCGAACAUCAAUCAGAAACCAAAGCGACUUGACUUAAAGAGAAACACAAGUAACCAAAAUAACUCCUUUAAGAAUCAAUUUAACCAAAACAAACCAACUACAGUAACAACAGAUAGUCAUAUACAAAAUCCAUUUGCAAAUCAGUUUAACCAGCAAAACAGACCAACUACAACAACGACAGAUACUUUUUUACAAAAUCCAUUUGAUGUCACAAAAUUAGGAAUCCAAAGUUCGACUCCAAUCAAUUCUUUUGUGUUUCCUCCGAGUUCGUUUCAGUACAACUCUUCAAACAACAGCGGUUUGGUUAGUGGUGUCCCAUCUUUCAAUAGUUCAAAUUUUACCAAACUUUGUGAAACCACUAAAAACCUCUUGGCAGGAGCAAUGAAUAACACAUCAACAACUUCUAGACCCAUUGAACAUGAAACUAAAAGGCCCACUCGAGAUUUUGGUCACCGGUCAAAAAACAAAUCUCGAGAAUUGGAUAGAUUGGAAGAAAGGGGGCAAAGUCAAGAAAUGCAGUAUUCACGGUAUGACAGUCGAAAGAGAAGUAAAUACGACUCAUACACACGUCGAUAUUAGUUUUUGUAUUGCUUUCGAUAGUUUUUAAGGAAUAUUUUCGAUUUUUGUUGAAUGUAAAAUAAUGUUUGUUUUUGCUCUGAAGUUCCAACCUAUUGUAUAAUUAGGAUACUUACUUAUUCAAAAUAAAAUUAUUGUU